UGAGCGCAGGAAGCAUGCGCUAAGAUUGAAAUGCGGUGGUAUGCAGACGCCCCAUAUUUGUUUUUGAAUUACCAGUCUUAGACGGAGGUUGUUUUGGUUCUGAUGAUUCAAAUGAAGCUUGUGGCGCUAUGCCUUGGACUAUCGGCAACAGGAGUAUGUGCGGCCAAGACGCACCAGCCGACAGCAUUCAAUCUUGUUGAGACGGCCAUCCAGGCUGAUCCAUCACAUUCGAUUGAUGAUGAGGUGGCGGAAGAAGAGAGGGAAGUUACAAGAUUAAAGGCAGAGGUCGUGAAAGCCAAGGAGCAAUUGCACGAAAUGAAAGCAGAAAUGAAACAGGCCAAAGAGGCGGCACUCAAGGCUGCAGCCGACGCGCAAUCAGUUGUGAAAAUACGCCAGCAUGCAGCUUCGGGGCAUCACAGCGUCCCGCGAUCUCCCACUACUGCAAAGACUGCCGCGAGAGGGGAGUCUGCCGAACAUGGUCCAGUUGCGAAUCCUGACUCGGCAGUGGCUUCCACGCCAAAGUCUUCUCAGUCACAGAGGACGAACAAUGCCACCAAAGCAAAUGCGACCCUCAAUGCCACAGACAAACAGCUCAACUCCUCAAGGGCGAAUGCGUCGCAAACUAGAAACGUUUCUGCUCCAUAUGGCUCGGCCAAGUGUCCGUGCAUUGGCUUCGACGGCCUGGAUGGAGAGACGCUUGCUCUGAUUGAUGGCAAGAUGGUCAAAUAUCCUGCAGACCUGGGAGGAAGCUGCACUGCUUGGGACGAAGUGAUGCACCCACAAUGCAAGAGCGCAGCUCAAGGAUGGUGUUCGCAACCCUGGUGUUACGUGGAUCCGCGCAAAUGUGAUGUGGGCGUACUCCCAACCAUGACCACAUAUUUACCCAGCGCACGUUAUAAGAACAUGCCGCUGUUCUAUUCCUACGCCACCUGUGGCAGCAAGUGGGGACGCGAGGAUCAGGUUGCCCAGAUGGGACACGGCGGUUGCAGGUGUGUGGGUUUGGACAACAUGCCAGGAAGCAUGGCACUCAACAUCUCUGGCAAGGACGUGCUUUACCCUGCUGAAUCUGGUGGUUCAUGUGGCGCAUGGGAUCUGACAAACCACCCGCAGUGCUCUGGGAAGAGCCAGCCAGAGUGGUGCAAAAGGAAAUGGUGCUUUGUGGAUCCUUGUUCAUGUUCUCUUGCACAACCCCCAAAGGUCACGACUUACCUGGACGGCACUAUGCGUGGAAAGACCAUUUACUACUCUUAUGAGACUUGUGGAAAUGAGGACACGUUCACAGCCACAAAUGAGCAGGCAGCAUGUAUCUUUGAGAAGGACAAGGCUUCUUGCAGCACAAAUUCAAAGUGCCUUUGGACAGGGGAGUCCUGCCUUGGCAAGGAGCUUGUUGACAAGGACGCAUGCUUGAGGACAGCUCCGCAGGAGGCACGUUGGAGACAGUCACAGGUGCAGCAAGUGGGGUGGACUUCCGUCCUGGUACAGACACUCUUUUCUUGGAUGGUGUUUUUUAGGGAAACCAAAAGGAAACCACCUUGGACAGUCCCAAGCCUCUGAGAGACCCACGCCAGGUCCCAGCUCCAGGACAGGAGAAGAAUAGCGCGAUGCGAGGAUCGCUUAUUGCACUGGUGGCCGUGCUUGCGAUGUAUGCCUGAGCCUGGCUAUCACAAGCCCCCAGGCAUUCGCAUGCGCUGACGGAAAACAUGGAUUGCUUGACAUGAGGAAGCUGUGGGACUCUUCAUGGCUGGACAAGCUUAUGUAGCGAGGUGACAGCAGCCAUAAAUCCGUCUUCCUCCAUGCCACUCCUCCCC